UUACAGCACUGUAGAGAACACAGAGCACAGCCAACAUUCCCUUUGGCUAGGGCUUUUUCUUAAAGUAGCAACCAGACUGCUGGGGAAAACCAGUAGCAAAGUAACUAGGUCACCUGGUCACCAGCAGACCAUCCCUUCAGCUGUUUCCUUUGGACCUGACAUUCAGCCCCAGUGGACGUAUAUCUCAACCACUUCAACUGAGGACAGUGUCCACUGCUGCGAGCACUUCAACUGUGGACAGUGUCCACUACUGCGAGCCCUUCAACUGAGGACAGUGUCCACUGCUGAGAGCUGCCUUGUCUCAAGGCUGGGACCCAACUCAGAAUCAUGGAGUCCACUUCCACUGAAGGCAGUUACUUCCCAAGUGUGACCCCUGUGCCCACGCACAACCUCAGCUCCCAGGUCCAGAAGGACUCAUACUUGCAUAAAUUGGCUCACCUAGACGAGGCCCUUUACAAUGACUUCUACAGCUUGUGGAUAGCUCUGAUCGUGAUAAACGUCCUUAUCUUCCUUGUGGGCAUCAUCCUGAACAGCCUGGCUCUGUACAUCUUCUGCUUCCGCACUAAACCAAAGACAACAUCAGUGAUCUACACCAUCAACCUAGUGAUCACCGACCUCCUGGUGGGCUUCUCUCUGCCCACCCGGAUCAUCUUGUACUACAGUGGAGGGGAUUGCCUCACCUGCUCCUUCGUGCACAUUUUCAGCUACUUCGUCAACAUGUACUGCAGCAUCCUCUUCCUCACCUGCAUCUGCGUGGACCGCUACCUUGCCAUUGUCCAAGUGGAGGCCUCCCACAAGUGGAGGAACCAAAACUACGCCAAGGGCAUCUGCAUCUUCAUAUGGCUCUUUGCCAUCGUGGUGACCUACUCCAUCCUGAUCACAGCCAUCAAAUAUGCCACCUGUUGCCUCUCCAAGCUCUUCGCCCUGACCACCUUCGAGUUCCUUGUGCCCCUGAUCAUCAUCGUGGUCUUCACCGUCCGCAUCAUGUGCGCCCUGUCCAGCAGCGACCGGAUGCUACAGAGCCGUGAGCGGAGAAUGCGAGCUGUCCAGCUGCUGGUCACCGUGCUGGUCAUCUUCAUGAUCUGCUUCACUCCCUUCCACAUCCGGCAGGUGCUGGUCUAUGCAUACCCAGACAUGCCCCGCCACGUCAGCUUGAUUAUCUACCACGUCACUGUCACCCUCAGCAGUCUCAACAGCUGCAUGGAUCCAAUCGUCUACUGCUUUGUAACCAACAACUUCCAGUCCACCAUGAAGGGCAUCUUCCUCAAGCCAGCGGCAGAUCAGACCAGCAGAGACAUCGCCAGCAUGCAGAAGAGCUCCAAGGAAUCGGAGACUGCCAUUGCACUGACCAGCACCAUGAUGAUGCGAGCCUGCAGACCCCCGCUGCACCUGCAGAGGAGCACGUACCUGUGAAGCACUUUGAGUCUGCUGUACUUUUCACUGGAUGAAAUACAGUUGUAGAGACAAAUAUUAGCACCCUACACUUAAUAGAAGAUCAUUCAAGAAAUUGAUUAAGUGCCUUUGUUUUUUUUAAUUUCUAUAAAGCCUGUUUGUUAAGCUAGCGGGAUUUCUGUAUUUUGGCCUUUAUCAUAUUAAUUAGUGGGUAAUGUUCACUAAAUGCCUCUGCUUUCUUGAAUGGUCUUAUAUUAAAUGUAGGGUGCCAAUAAUUUUGUCUGCGACUGUAGCUAUCUACCUAUACUGUACUUCAUGUCUGUGUGUAUAGAUUUACUGUUUAUAUUUAUAAAGGCAGUGUGUUUAUAGAUUUACUGUUUAUAUUGAUAAAGGCAGUGUGUGUAUAUAUUACUCUGACCCUGUUCACAUCUUUUUGUAUAUAAUAAAUAUAUGAACAAGUAAUGGUGU